AGAGGACCAGAAAUGCUGGCUGGUGUGGGUUUUUAGGUUUGUGUCCUGGUAUGCAGUGGGGGGCUCAUGUACCCUCCACCUGCUCCUCAGUCUCUCUCUCUGGAAAACAGGGGUGAGUAGUGGUCCUGCUCACUUCCGUGGGGCUACCUGACUCACCAGCAUGAUGCACUUGGUGCUCCUGGCCCCUGCCGCCACCUGGUCAUUUGCUCUGGUGCCUGAGCUUUUGGAAUCAGGACCACCCAGAACACUUAUGCGCUGCCCCGGCUAAGCAUCCCACUUUCUGCCACUUCCCCCAGGCUGCCUGGUAGACAAGAAGGGGAAAAUCCUCAUCCCCGGCAUCAACGAAGCCGUGGCUCCUGUGACGGAUGAGGAGUGUGAGCUCUAUGACCACAUUGACUUUGACAUGGAAGAGUUUGCCAAGGACGUUGGGGCUGUGACCCUUCUGCACAGCUGCAAGAAAGACAUCCUGAUGCACAGAUGGCGGUACCCAUCCCUGUCCCUCCAUGGAAUCGAAGGAGCCUUCUCUGGUUCAGGGGCCAAGACUGUGAUACCCAGAAAGGUGGUCGGCAAGUUCUCCAUCAGGCUCGUGCCGGACAUGGUGCCUGAAGCCGUCAGCGAGCAGGUAUGGGGGGGAUGCAGGACGCCAGUGGGUAAAAGUUGUGGGUUCGUGCCGGACAUGGUACCUGAGGCCGUUAGCAAGCAGGUACGGGGGAUGCAGGAUGCGAGUGGGGUAAAAGUUCUGGGGUCGCAUGGCAACCGAGAGCUGCUGUGAUGCUAGAACGGUAAGAUCUUCCUCCUGGACCAAAGCCUCCAGCUCGGACUCCUGCCCCUUGACAUUGGUUGUAAGAAGCAAAGCCGUGUGAGCGAGCCUUACACACUGCAGACUACUGAGGCAUGUGAAAAUAUGACCUCUGACCUCACCCCAAAGCAAAGGCUCAUGCAUGGUCACGUGUUAGCUGCCUCUCUCGGAGGUG